CCUAGCCCUCAAAUAAUGACACCAGUUCAAGUUGCAGCUUGAGUCUGCUUGACCUUAACUUGCUCGCUUUCUUGAAAAGAAUGUCAUUCUCUUUUUUUUCCACUUCUAUAUGCAUCAUUGUAUUGACUGCUCUAAUCUUUUCAAAUGUAACGGGUACCUGUACAGAAGGUAGUAUAACAUUAUUUGGUAGUACAAGAGAAUAUGAAGGACUAGUAUCAGUUUGUUAUAAUGACACCUGGUCUGUUCUGUGUGCUGGUACUGACAGCAGGUGGAAUGUAGACACUGCCACCAUUGUAUGUAGAUCACUCAACUAUAAAGGAGCUGGCAUUAUAUUAAAGGAUCAUGGCUGGUCCAAUGGCACUUCUUCAUCAUUACCAGCUGUCCAGUUCACCUCCUCUCAGUGCACUGGUGGUACUGCUAACAUUAUCACUGAUUGUGCUAGUCUUGAGUCCAUUACUUAUUGUCCUGAACACCAAUACAGUGGAGUACUCUGCAGCAAUCCAGAUGCUACUGCAGCUGCUAAUGGAGAUACGGCUUUAUUUAGUUUCCUGUCCGCUAGUAAUUUAGGAUUACUGCUAAUCUAUUACAAUGGCAGCUAUGGUACUGUCUGUGAUGAUGAAUUCUCAAUGAAUGAAGUUCAAGUGUUGUGCACUGAGCUGGGAUUCAGCUCUGAUAAUGGAAUUGCAGUUUCAAGUGAGAAGUUUGUAUUCAUUCAAGAUGAAUUCCAAGUUUAUCUUGAUACCAUCCGUUGCCGUAGCUACAUAGACACGACCAUUGGUCGCUGCCUAAACGACGGGUUUCGUUCAACAAACUGUGACACAAUUGAAUCAGUUGGAAUCAUAUGCCAGGUUCAAGGUGGUUCCUGUAAGAAUGGUGAUGUUAGGUUAAUGGGCGGGACAAGAGCAGCUGGUCGUGUGGAGUUAUGUAUUGGAGGCCAAUGGGGGACCAUCUGUAAUAAAGGAUGGAAUGAUAAGUCCGCUAAUAGAGUCUGUAACCAGCUGGAGUAUAAGAAAGGAAGUGAGUGAGAGAGAGAGAGCAAA